AUGCCUGCCAUGACGAUUUUUGCCAUGUCAAUUCGCUACCUUAGAAACCAUCUAUUGAAACGCCUGGAAAAAGAAGAGCCAUGGGCAGGAAUAAGCUCCUCACGUCUAACACUAGCUCUGGAGCCCGAGUCAGCGUCUGUCUGGUACACAAAUGCAACAGAUAAGACAAGGACCUUGUUAUCUAAAGCAUGGACACAGUAUAUGGUGAUUGACCUUGGAGUUUAUGCAGAAGCAGAAAAAGGAAAUAGGUCAACUGACGAAAUUAUUGCUUCUCUGGGACGCAGUCAGAAAACAAAAUUUGAAGGAAAUAAGUUUCAUGUGAAUUCUUCUGUAAUUAAAGAGUUCUUUGAUCCAACAGUAACACAUUUGAUUUCAAAUGUUGAAGCCAUUGUAGCGGAGCCGCGUAUGAAAAAUGUCAAAACUAUUCUAUUAGCAGGAGUGUUUAGUGAAAGUGAAAUAAUUUACGACGCAUUUAAGAAACAAUUAAAAAAGACCCACAAUAUAAUACGACCAAGUGAGGCAAGUUUAGCAGUUCUGAAAGAUGCUGUAAUGUUUGGUCACAUGCCGAAUACUAUCAAAUCAAAAAUUAUGUCUUUCACAUAUGGUGUAGCAGCGUUGGAGAAUCCCGAUUACAGUACAAAUUCUGCCUCAAAAUGGUUGUUAGAAACAAGAGAGAAAUUGUCGACGACAAGUUGA